AUGUCAAAUGUACGUCCCACCCCCGGAUCGAGAGCCAGAACCUCGUCUUCCAAUCUGACCCGAAACGCAGGGUCCGACGGCCACCUGUCCGUCCACCCAUGGUCCUGGCUCCUGAGCGUGGUCAGCCGGCCCUCCACUGAUCUCACCCACGCCUGGACCUCGGGCAAGAGGACAUGGGACGCCAGCGUCAGCGACCACAGGCCACCAGAUGUGUCCUACGAUGCCGUCAUGGCGACAGACGGCGGCCGACCUGCCAUGGCCCAACUCAUGCAGACUCUCUGUGAAUACGGCUUUGCCUUUGUAAAGGACAGCCCCGCCUCCCCCGCGGCAACGGAGAGCCUCCUCUCGCGGAUCGGCCCCAUCCGAAACACCCACUACGGCGGCUUCUACGAUUUCGUCCCCGACCUGGCCUCCGCCGACACGGCGUACACCAACCUCGCCCUCGCAGCCCACACUGACACCACCUACUUCAGCGACCCGGCGGGCCUCCAGUCCUUCCACAUGCUGUCCCACCACCCGCCCCCCCGAAAGCAGCAGCAGCAGCAGAAGCAGCAGGAGGAGGAGGAGGAGGAGGAGGACGGAGGAGCCCCGCUGGGCGGCCAGUCCCUCCUGGUAGACGGCUUCCGCGCCGCUGUGGAGAUGCGGGAGCGGUGGCCCGAGCACUUCGACACCCUUCGUAGCCUCGGAAUCCCCUGGCACGCGAGCGGCAACGACGACGCCUCCAUCACCCCAGACAGGAGGUACCCCGUCAUCGAGACACUGGGGGGCCAGCUCGACGCCCCCAUCCGCAGGGUCCGCUGGAACAAUGACGAUAGGGGUGUCGUGCCCCCCGACAGCGCGGACCGCUGGUACGCCGCUGCGAGGAAGUGGGAUUCGCUCCUCAAGGACCCGGCCAACGAGUUCUGGUUCCAGCUUACACCCGAUCGUGUGCUGAGUGAGUGGGAGCUACUGUCUACAACCCUCGUUCUGAUCCGGGACCUUGCUGACGCGCCUUCACCCACGAUGCAGUAUUCGACAACUGGCGUGUUCUCCAUGGGAGGAGCGCCUUUGAAGGCGUCAGGCGCAUCUGCGGCGGCUACAGUACGUCUCGUCACCUGCCUGGACGGUCGGGGCGCACGGCUAACAAAACAAACCGCAGUCAACCGCGACGACUACCAUUCUCAGUGGAAGAUCUCGUGCCACCCUAGAGAGAAUGUCGAGCGCUACAAUCUCACACAGAGGUAA